UAGAAAAUAAAGUUCAUGAGCCAUGGAAAUUCGUGAAACAGAAACAUUGUUCUGAAAAUUAAAAGACCUAUUCACGGAUUCCACUGAACUACUCACGGAUUGAGUUCUUGGAGUUCGCGAUGAUCAACACAACGUUCCAAACUCUCUAAUUGAUCUCUUUGGAAUUCUCUGUAGCAACUUGGUGUUGUUCUAUCUACAUUCUGUCCCUCACUUUCUCUUCAAUUUUCUGGAAAACCAAUCACGGGUUGCUCAUAGAAUUCAGCUAUAAAAUCUCUAGGAUCAAAACCCUAAAAAACCCAAGAAGAAAGUGUAGCAGUGAACCUUUAGAAGCCUUAAUUCAUGGGUGGUUCAAAGGUCUCAGCAAUGUUCUUCAUAUAUUUGAUUUUCAUGUUAAUGGCUUUGCCACCUAUAUAUGCUUGUGGGUAUUGUCCAACACCGCAUCCGCCUUAUCAUCGCCCUAGUCCACGGCCCCACCCACCAACCACCAAGCCUCCACCGCAUCACCGUGGUCCCCCCAAGGUGUCACCUCCUUCAAUCAACCCACCUGGCAUCGUGCCGCCAAUUAUUCCUCCACCGGUUAUAACUCCUCCGAUUAUAAACCCACCCGGUGUAAUCCCCCCUAUUAUAAACCCUCCGGUAACCAAUCCUCCGGUGACAAUCCCACCACCUUCUUCACCAUAUCCACCCUACACCGGACCUCCUUCUGGCGGUGGCGGUGGCGGUGGCGGUGGUGGUGGUGGAGGUGGUGGGGCUCCGGGUGUUAACCCACCGCCUAAAGCUCCACCGACUUGUCCGAUUAAUGCUCUAAAAUUAGGGUUAUGUGUUGAUGCACUUGGAGGUUUGGUGCAUAUUGGACUAGGCAAUCCAAUUGAGAAUGUGUGUUGUCCAGUGCUUCAAGGGUUGCUAGAGCUUGAAGCAGCUAUUUGUCUAUGCACUACAAUAAGGCUUAGGCUUCUAAACCUAAAUAUAUUCAUUCCUCUUGCACUUCAAGCUCUCAUAACUUGUGGGAUGACUCCUCCACCUGGUUUUGUAUGUCCUCCUCUCUAAAUCUACUUGUAAUUUCGGUGAACUGAGUUUGAAUGGUUUGGUUUCUGUGUGCUUGUAGUUCUUGUGUUUGAUCAGUUUGGUUUGGUUUUUGAGUCGUUUGUUGCGUUUAAAAUUUGGGUUUUAGGUGUGUAGAUUAAUGAGGGGAUGUUGUUGAAAUUAAUGUGCUAUUAAUUUGUUGACUCUCCUAAAUUCUCUCUUACUCAAUCAUGAUUUUAAAUAAGA